AAAAAAUAUUUUCUGACAAAACUUAACUUUAUUUCAAUUCUUUUGGUAAUAAUUUCAAGCAAUUUCCAUUUAAAUGGCUAAUGAUAAUUGGAACAAUGGUUUUGCCAAAGACCAUUCAGAAUAUAUUAACGUCGCAAAUCUAAACGAUAUGGAGACACAAUGCAAACGUCUACUAUUCGAUGACCAUUGCAUUCGUAAAAAUUUCAUACGAAAAAUCUAUUUAAUUCUAAUGAGUCAACUGCUGAUGACUCUGGCCUUUAUAGCAAUUUUCUUGUUUAAUGAAACACUAAGGGCAUUUAUUAUACAAAAUCCAGUCACCAUUUGGCCAGCCAUUUGUGUGCUACUAGUGACCAUGUUAAUUAUGUCCUGUUGCGAUGAGGUGCGUCGUCAAACACCUUUAAAUUAUAUAUUUUUAGCUAUUUUUACUUUGGCACAAUCUUUGCUGCUGGCCAUUGUAACGUGUCAAUUUGAUGCCAUUGAAAUACUGUUGGCUGUAGGCGUUACGGCUGCCAUUUGUCUGACUUUGAGCCUUUAUGCUUGGCAAACUAAAUAUGAUUUUACUACUAUGGGCGGUUUUUUGUUAAUAUCGCUGGUGGUAUUUAUAAUUUUUGGGUUAUUUACAUUAUUCUGGCCGUUACGUCCUCUGCUGAUGGUAUACAGUUCAUUGGGUGCAUUACUUUUUGGCAUUUAUAUGAUAUAUGAUAUACAACUAAUGAUGGGUGGACAUCACAAGUAUUCGUUGAGUCCAGAGGAAUACGUAUUUGCUGCUUUGAAUUUGUAUUUAGAUAUAAUUAAUAUAUUUAUGCAUAUUUUAUACGUUAUAACAUCGGGUAGAUCUUAAUCUGUAAUUAGUUUAUUUGGAAAAUAAAUUGUUUUAUUGAUUUUUAUGAUGAAUACAUA